UUUCCCUUCAAUUCUGAGACAACUUGUUUUCUCUGAAAUGUGGAGCGCCAAAGAGACUACACUACCCACAAUCCCCAGCUAUUGUUGUGACGACUUCUGUCCGCUUUGCGAUUACAUUACCCACAAUCCUCAGGUACCGUCGUAAAGACGGCAUACCUUUGCACUUUACGUGACCAAACCUGGAUGAGAGAGUCGCAGUUCUUCAGAAUCAAGGUAAGAGCAUGGGUAACACAUAGUUAUAGGAAAUAAACUUAGCCACGAAUAUAUAUAACAAAUGAACUCGCCUGAGCUAGCUUGCUAGCUAGCUAGCUAGAACACGCAAUGCAAUUUCUCCAUAGGAUUUUGGAAAAUAGCUCGAAAUAAGGUCUGUGGUUGACACACAUUUAAGAGACGGAUCACGUUUUGUUCAGCCGGAUAAUCUCCACAUGUCUACUCUGCUUUUAUAAUUUUCGAAUCGUAAAUCUAUUAAUAAUACUUUGUAUACAUGUGUUUUUAGUAUUAAUAGUAAUAAUACUUUUAUAAUUUUUGUACAAAUUACUUAUUUAAAUGACUGGUGGCAGUGAUUUUGCUGUGCGAUGGUGUGAAAAUACCUUUAAUGACAACAGUAGUAAGCAUUAAUUGGUUAUUAGCCAAGUAGAAAAUUGUAAACAACAACAAUUACACUGGCAUUGUUUGUUUAUUUUUGAGUUUCUAAAUUAUGUUGUUUUCUCUCAACAGAUCCUGCAAUUUGUUCUCCAAAAAACAACCCUUUGUUUUUCCAAACUCCAAACAACCCAAAGGCACUUUUAAGAGCCAAGUCUGUCUUGUUAAACUGUCCUUGCUGUGUUGUACUUGAUAGUCUCUUCCUAUCUCUCUAUUUAUUUCUCUGUCUAACUCUGUUGUCAGUCUUUCUUCUGUGUCUCUGUCUGUGUCUCUUCACUAUAAUGAGUGAUUCUGAUCUUGAGGAUCUCCUGAGAAGCGCAGAUGAGCUGGUUGAGCAGAAAGAGUUAAGGGAUGACCUACGGAGUGAUGAUGAUUUGCUUUGUAAAGUGGAAGCAGCAACAGCAGCAGCAGCAGCAGCAGCAGCAGCAGCAGCAGCAGCAGCAGCAGCAGCAGUGUCAAUGAUGUGCUGGAAGAAGAGAGACAGUGAGGGAAACUUGAUCUUUGCAAGACCACGUUCAACCCGGAAUGUCUCAAAUCAGGCUGGCUGCAGUCGUAACACUGAUCCCCCCGUUGAUGCUCCUGACCCUGACUGUGAUCUGGUCUUUGCUCCAGCUAUCGCUCCAGAGACUGUUGAGGGGUUUCUACGAGAUCUCCAGCAGUCUCUGAGCGAUACUACAGGAGAUGAGGUGGUAGCACAAACCCCAAGUGCUUCUCUGCUGGCAUCGACCAACUGGAGCACUCGAAAAAGUUUUUUUUCAGAGAGCUGGAGGGCAGCGAGACCACAUCUGGUUAACACCGUAGUGGCCCAAGCAAAUGUGGGAACACACAUUUGCCAACAGUGUUGGAGCAAAACGUCUGUUGUCCGGUGCCGGGAUUGCCGACCACAUCCCUUCUUCUGUGCUGACUGUGAUGUCAGCAUGCACACCAGACACCCCCUCCACAACAGAGAUGCUACUACUGCAGGUUACUUCCAGCCAUUGGCCCCAACAACACAUGUACUAAAUAUGGCCCUUUGCUCCUGUGUGCGGUUUGUACCUGUGGAGAUCCCGGACCAAAUCUGUGGUUGUGCAUCAGAGUCAUUGAGCCUCAAGCCAGGAAAGACUGUGACUGUGAUCACAAUGAAUGGACGAUAUGAGCUAAGCAUGCCAGAGUUGGCUUGUGAAGCAUGCGCUGCGACAUGGACGACUGGGGUUGACGACUUUCUUCGGAGUGACUACUGGCCAGCUACCCUUCACUUCACCACCAUUUAUGCCACAGAUGUUUUCUUCUCAUUUGAAGAAAUGAAAAUGGCUGCACCUGGACUAUCCUUUCAGGCAUAUUUAAGGAUGCUCGAUCAGCGAACGUUGCGCUUCGGCCGUACUGGGAAGAUCUCAACUGACAGCUUCAUCAAAAGUUUCUUUGAGUGGGAGGCUGUGCGUUAUGAGGUCGACAUCAUGUGCAAGGAGGAGCCCUUCACCUGUCCUGCGUGUAGCCCUGAUAUGCUUGCAGUUUCCGUGGAUGGAAACCGCAAGCAUUACCGUUUCAAGAAUGCAGCUAGAUCUGAGGAACAGGCCAUCUUUGACGGUGUCUUUAUAGCCAGGGAUGAAGACGUCUCAAGAUUUGUGGACUAUAUACACACCACAACCAAACAUGUCUCCGGAAGAGGUGUUUGUGGAGGACAGUGGUCGGCAGCCAGAGAGACCUCCCAAAAAUCAGCCGGCAAGCUGGAUGAGGAGGGAUUAGAGCUUGCCGUCUGUCGACAUGGAGUGCUCCUCUGUGCUCUCAAUAUGUACAGGGGAGAAAUCUUUGCUUAUCCCCUGUACCUACAGAAAAAGCUGGCCAGUAGUAUGUUCUUUUGCAUGGAUGUGACCUGCAAAUAUUGGCCCUACCUCCAGAGAAUCACAAAAAGCUGUCCAGAGCUCCAGCAUCUUCUCAACAUGAAGCCCUUUCUCUCAGUGUUUCAUGCCAAAGCGCAUGACUUCAAAUGUGAAGUGAAAUGGAGUGGGGCAUAUCAAGAGGGGGCUGGACUAACCCUAGGGGAGGAGGUGGAACAGGUCAAUGCCUUCCUCUCACGGAUAGCAGUGACCACAAAACACAUGUCAAAAGCAGGACGUACAGACAUGCUGACGCUGAUGGCCAUGCGCUGGAAUCAGCAAAAAGUCAGCAACUUGGCCACCUCACUGUCCCGCAGAUAUCUGAAGACCACAAAAGCUCUGGAAAAGCAAUUGCAGAACCUGGAGUCCAUGAAGGCUGAGUUGGCAGUGACUGAAAAGCAGCUGGAAGACUGGGUCAGAGAUGUGAAUGAGUGGGCAGAAACAACAACAAACAACCCAAGGGAUGCUGCUGCCUUGGCCAGCAAGAUCGAAAUGCUGACAGUAAGUGUCAAGAGACGUUCGCAGCGUCUCUACAAAGACACAGACAGCAACAAAGGUCGUUCCCGGAUCCGCCGCAAGAUCAGGGAUGAGAAAGGGGUCCUGACAGCCACAGUUGAGAAAUACAACUCAAUGGUUCCAAGCACAGAAGCGCUGUGCCUCGAAGCCAUUCUGUCUGUGGAGAAAGCUUGGCCAUGGCAGCUACCAAACAGUGACUCUUUCGACCUCAGGACAAAGAGAAGAGCAUUCGACCUUGUCAUGGCAGUGAAGAGACUACAGGAGGAGAAGAAGAUUCUCGUCACAGAAAUGAACCAACACUGGAAGGUCCUUUCAACCCGCAGUGAUUCCCUGAAAGAGAUGUCCUGCCUGCAAAAUUCACCAUUGGGCCUGAGCGAAGACGGGAUGAAAGGUCUUCAGAGCAUGUUUAGGAAAAAGCAGCACGACAUCGGAGAAAUGAAGACUCAUGCUAGACGAUGCUAUCUGCAGCUUUUGACUGGAGCAGAGACCAUCAGCUUCUUGCAAAGUCUUUCAGAUGAGUCUUCUGACUGCGACUCUGACAGCUCUGAUGACACACGGUGAAGCCCCCUCCAGACUACCUUCUAUUUAACAUCUACAUGCUCCCCCUCUGUGAAAUACUCCGCCAACAUGGUCUCAACUUCCACUCCUAUGCCGACGACACCCAACUCUACAUCAGUACCAAUCCAUCAUCCCAGCUGUCACUAGUCAACUGCCUCCGCAACAUCCAAACCUGGAUGUCAACAAACCUACUGAAACUCAACAAAAACAAAACAGAGCUCAUGGUUGUGGCCCCAAAAACACUGCUCCGGAAGGUUGGAGAUCUGCUCCUCACCGUCGAUGGCUGCUCCAUCCAGCCUGGGCGUCACUCUGGACUCUAGCCUCACCUUCAACUCCCACAUCAGGUCUACUGUCAAAACUGCUUUUUUUCACCUUCGAAACAUCUCCAGACUCCGGCCCUCUCUCCCCGACCCCGUUGCAGAAACAUUAAUACAUACCUUCAUCUCCUCACGCCUGGACUACUGCAAUGGAGUUCUGUUCGGGGUCACCUGCAAAGCCCUGGACAGGCUCCAGUACGUCCAGAACUCUGCAGCCAGGCUCCUCACCCGCACUAAGCCCUGGCAACACAUCACCCCCAUCCUCCUCCACCUUCACUGGCUCCCGGUCAAGUCACGCAUCCAGUACAAACUCCUCCUGCUAACCUACACAUCUCUCCACUCCCUAGCCCCUGCAUACAUCUCUGACCUCCUUCAGCCCUACACCCCCUCUCGUCAGCUGCGGUCCUCCGACAAAAAAAAAUGACACAUUUCUUAAUGUCUUAAUAUGUAUGUCCAGUAAGUUAUUCUUCAGGUUGUUGAUAUGCUGUUGAAGGCAUUUUUUAUCAUUUCAUUUUAUUCAGAUGUUAUUACAUGUCUACUCUGAAACACUAUGUAAACAAGGUCCCAUAACAAUAAAGUUGAUAAAAAUUG